AUGCGCCAAUUCGAGAAUGUUUCGAUAUCGCAAUGGGCGAACCCGUAUGCGAGCGGCGGCACCAACACCGGGAAGAACUUCUAUGCUACGGCGACUACACCGAAGCCCCAACAACCCGUCUAUCGUCGAGUAGUCCCACCUACUCCAGUAUUCUCGUAUACGCAAGUAGUUGAUGAGAAGAGCAGCAAUGCCGAACAAGCAGAUCCAGAGAAUGUUCCGGCUGCUCCAGCUGCUCCGGAGGAAACACCAGCAGCAGAUGUCACACCUGAAGAGGCCGCACCACCGGCUACAACAGAAGUACUCCCAGCAGAAGAGCCAUCAGCAGAAGCAGAAGCACCUGCGGCAGCAACCCCAGCAGAACCGACACCAGAAGAUCCAUCAACCCAACCAGCAGAGGCACCAUCAAGUAGUGGGGACGACAUUGUGGCAGCUGAGGUUGUGACGGAAGAUGUCAAAGACGAGCCUCCAGGACCAAGCGAUGCCACGAAUGUUGACGCACUGCCGCCUCCACCACCACCCCCAGCACCGGUAGAUGAACCACCUGCUGAACCCGAAGCAGCAGCACCUCCAGCACCGCCAGCACCAGAAGUUCUGCCAGUACCUCCCAGUGAGCCUGCACCUCCGACACCCCCCGCCCCACCAGCACCACCGGCGGAUGCAACACCGGAGCCAGUAGUCGUGGAGAGUGAGAAAAGUGGUGAGUCCGAGCAGGCCGCUCCAGAGCCUCCGAAAUCCCCAACCUCGAAGUUUGUUCAUUUUGCCUCUGACACCAAAGACCCAGACGCCUCAAGCAUAGGCAAAAAGAAGAAACAGCUGGGGUAUGGUAAAGGCAAGCCCACCGCGUUCAUCCGCCCCAGAAAGCCAUCGACAUCCGUUCCACCUCCUUCGCCACCGAAAGAGGAGAAGAAGAAGGUUUUCGUUCCGAUCGGCAUUAUCAAGAAGGAGCGAAGGGGUUCAUUGCUCUCCGCGUUGGCCAGUGAGAAGGUAAUGACCAGCAAGUCAAGAGGGAAGAAAUCUAGCAACGAUGGCAGCCCACCACCAGGUGAUGACAGGUCGACAGUAAUCGCCGAUGUAGAUGCCCCUUCUUCAGACGUCUCUGAAAGCGUCAUCAUCGAGGAACCUACCGAAGACGCUUCAGGGUCGAUCGUAAGCGAGACAGUACCGCCUCCGCCGCCACCGACCGAUAAUCCACCUGCGGUAGACGAGGCCGCUGUCAGCGAGGACGUAGUGGAGGGACAAGACGAGGCAGUCGCAGACAGUCCUCCAACUGAGGAACCAGCACCUGCCGCCCCCGAGCCAGCAGCUGAAGCCGAGCCAUCACCGGCAGAUGCGUCUGCGGAAACUGCUGAGCCACCACAGCCCGACACUCCUGCUCCUGUCGAAGAAGCUCCAGCUACUGAUGCCACAGCAGAGGAGACUGCCCCAGCCGAUCCAGUCACUGAAGACAACCCUCCCCCUCCAGUCGAGCCGACCGCAGAACCUGCCCCAGAAGCUCCUGCCUCAGAAUCGCCCGCGGAAGCUCCAGCCGAUGAACCACAGCCAUCCAGCGAAGCGGUACCAGAGCAGGAACAAGCUACACCGGAGAGUGCAAAUGCGGUCGAACCUGAAGCAUCAGCUUCAGAGGAGGCGAAGCCAGCCGAGGCAGACGCCUCCGCCGAGGAAGCGGCAGCUCCCGUUGAAGAGCCUGCUGCUGCGGAAGAAGAAGCAGCCCCGCCAGCAGCUGAGGACGAACCUGCAGUUGAGGAAUCUGGUAGCUCAGAAGAGCCGCCGGUGGCUGUGGAGGAUUCUCCUACUGUUGAAGAGACACCUACUGCUGAAGAGACACCCGCUGUCGAAGAACCAGCUCCUACUGCUGAAGAACCAGCUCCUGCUGCCGAAGAAACAGCUCCUGCUGUCGAAGAGGCACCCGCUGUCGAAGAAGCCCCUGCUGUCGAAGAACAUCCGGCCGUUGUGGAUGCAGAGACGCCCGCUACUGAGGAGACACCCGCCGUUGAGGGAACUCCCGCUGCUGAGGAGUUGCCCGAUACCGACGAGACAACAACAGCCGCAACAUCGGCUCCCACCGAGGAAGCACCAACCCCUGAGGAUACUCCAGCCGUAGAAGACGCAGCUGUUGCUGAGGCUGCACCUACUGCCGAGGAAACAACUGAACCCGAAGGAGCACCUCCCGUCGAAGAGACAGCUAGCGCCACCCAAGAAGACUCUAAAGUUGACGCCACGCCCGAGGCACCCGCUAGCGAGGAGACGGCGCCUUCUGAAGACGUCCCAGCCGCCGAAGAUACGCCUGCUGGUGAAGACACUUCGAACGUCGAGAAUUCUUCUCCUAUCGAGGAAGCACCAGGGACAGAGGAUACGCCUGUUGUCGAGGAGCCCACCCAGGUUGAAGCCACCCCCGUUGUCGACGAAACGCCCUGCACCGAGGAACCGCCUAUCGUCGAAGACAUCUCUACUGCCGAGGAGCCAGCUCCGCCGGUGGAACCGCCAGUUGAUGAACAAACACCCGUGGUCGAAGAAGCCUCAGCUGUCGAGCCUGUUCCUACUGAAGUUGCUGAGGAUGUCGCUGAACCAGAGUCAGAAGCAAGCGUUGCUCAAGAAGAGCCAUCACUGGAAGCGGGGCAAGACACCGGAACAUCUAGUCCCGAAGUCGAGGAAGCUCGAGCAUGGACUUCAGCAGCACCGGCAGAUGUCGCUGUCGUGGCUUCGAUACUUGCAGCUGAAGCGAAGGCCAAUGCACCUGCAUCGUCACCUGUUCAAGAUUCUGCUCCAGAAUCUUCUGAUACUGCAGAAGUUCCGGAGUCUGCGCCGGUCCCAUCUAGCGACUCACCGUCAACUGAGAGCGAAGACAAGCCUGAAGGUGCAGAUGUCGAGGCGCCUACAAGUACUGAACCGGUCAUGGAUGUAGCUGAGCCAAACGAGGCUAGCGCUGAUCCCACAGACGAGCCCCAAGCUGACUCUACAGCGGAAGCAUCAGAAGCGACUCACGCACCCGCACCUGCUCCCGCCGACGAAGCUAUCACACCAGCCUCCAGCGAAGGCGACAGUGAGCCGACAGCUGCACAAGACGAGAGCAACAACUCUCCCGAGGAGCCAGAAGCUGCAUCGACACUGGAAGAAGCAGAUACACAAGCGAAUGAAGCCACGCCUGAUGUAACACCAGAGGAGCCUACUACAACGGCACAAGACACUGCUGAUAUGGCACCUAUCGAAGUUGCUACAAUGGAGGCUGAGGCGAGCGACGAGGAACUGCCAACCGCCGACACCAUGCAGGACAUCUCCGACUGGGAGAAAGACGACGAAGACGUUUCUGAUAUGGGCAUCUCGGACUGGGAGAAGGAUGACGAUGCCUCAUCACAACCCGGUGAGAGUGAGACCAAUCCUUCCGAGCAUCAAGACUUCGAUCAAGAGAGUAUCGCACACGACUCGUCGGAGCCUGUACAUGAGGAUGAGAAGUCACCAGACCAGGACACGCCCGAGACUGUAGAGGUCAUUCAGCCGUCUGACACUGCAACCUCUGCCCCGGUUGCCGAUGACGUCGAUGGUGUUGCCGUCGUCUCGGUCGAUGUCAACGAGGAUGAGUCUACCAAGGACGAUACGUCCGCGGCCGUACCAGAGGUCGUCGAACAAAACGAAGCCUCAACCUCUGGAACAUUGCCAGAACCAUCCGAGCCACAAGAGACUGGCGACUCAGCUGAUGCUUCCGCGGAGGAUCAGACGCCUGCGACACGUAUCGAUGAAAGCACUGAAGAGGCACAGCCUGCAGCUGGCGAUGCACUUGCAGCUCAAGAUCCCGCCCCAGAGGUGAGCCCGCCAGCAGCUCCAGAGGAGAAUGCCAUCACCGAUGCAAGCACAGACGCACAAGACGAUGCGAGUGCACGCGAAUCGCCAGUCGACGAGUCGGAGCCAGCGGUGAGUAGCGAGGCUGCCAAGGACAGCGAGCAAGUCAUAGUCUCGGCUACACCCGAUGACGUGGAGAAUCCAGAUUCAUGCACAGCUGAGACUGAACCACCUUUACCCAAACUCGACGACAAUACCGACGAAACAUGCGCAAGCAUCCCAGCUGACGCGACAAGCGAAGUCAGCCCAGACCCUGUCUCGAUAGAGGCUGACGUUGAGACGCCAAUUGAAAUUCCCACGGUCGAAGAAAAGCAGACCGAACACGCCGCGGGCGAUCCAGUUGUUCUUCAAGAUAUUUCCGAACAAAUCGACCAUGAUGUUGUAGCUGCCAACGUUGCGCUAGCUGAAGCCGAGCCCGACUCUGCACCAGACAUGCCGGCCAAGAAGGUGCCGGAAGUGGUCCAUGAGGACGUUGGGCCCGAUGAGGAGCCACAGCAUUCGGAGGUUUCCAGCGGAGCCAACACAGGACCGGAGCCAGACGAUGAACCAGUAGAAGAGCAAGGAUCCGAUGCGGGGAGCGAAUCUGGGUCGGAGUCCGAAGAUGAUGACUGGUCUGGAUCUGAGGUGUCUGCCGCACCUUCUGCCUCUGAAGUUCCCCAGGCCGACGACGCGCCUGACUCAGCACCCGCUGAAGAUGAAACAACGAAUGCCGAAGAGGCUCCGCCGAGUGAGAUCGCUGAUGUCACUGCUGCUGAGCCUGAAGAGCCGGAGGAAGAUCAGUCAAUCCUAGACGACGAUGCCGGCUCUGAUGACGAUGCUGCUUCCGGUCACUCCUCGAAUUCCCAAGAAGAGCCAGACAGUUCCAUGGUUGUGGACGAUGCUGCCGAGCCCGACGAGCCAGAAGCUUCCGAGAGUCCGGAGUCGCCUGCCGAAUCGGCCGCGACUACAGAAGCGCAUCCAGGCCUAUCACUCGAAGUCAAUGUCGCAACCUCUGAGAUCGUCCCGGCGGUGGAGUCUCCAGCAUCAGAAGUAGAAGAUCCGUCUGAUCCUGCGCUCGAAUCAGUCGAGGAGGAGCAAGGAGAAGACGAGAACGAUGUCAGUGCUAUCACUCAAGAAGAGUCUGUGAACGACGAUUCACUAGUUUCGUCACAAGAUUCCGCUGAGCCCGAAGAGGAGCCCGCAGCAGCUACCGAGGUGUCGGAGCCGGCGGAUGCACCCCAACCAGAAGAGGAAGUUCCCCAGGAAGGCGAGGGUGACGAUGCUUCUCAGGUCAGCGAAUCUGGUAGUGAGAGUGAGGCAGGAGAGUCCGUUGCACCGCCGGAAGACCCUGCUGAGGCUGAUGACGACGCUGCGCCUACCACAAUUGAUGGAGAGGAGCUAGACACCGCCGCACCACUUACCGAAGACCCAUCAACGGACGGGGUCGAGAACCAGACAUCUGAAGUGGGAGAUGCAUCGGUGGCUGGUCAAGAGAUGGAAGAGCCUGCUGAACCAGAGACGCCUGAGUCAGUCGCAGCGGAACCGGAGCCGGAAGCGGAAGCUGUUGAGCAAGAUGCGGAUGCAGCUGCAGAUGAGCCAGAGGAGCCGCCGGCUGAGGAGGCUGCGGACCCCGAAGAACCGUUGGCGACGCCAGAUGGAGCAGCCGAUGAGGGUCCUGAUGCUGCCCAAGAAGAAGAAUCUGCUGCGGCUGAUGCUGACCCUUCACUCGUUGAAGAGGCGGAAGAGGCUGAGCCAGCACCACCUGCUGAAGAAUCACCAGAGCCACCUAGUGAGGAUGGUCAAUCAAACGACGGAUCCGGAGCUACAGGAGAAGCAGAGGAGCCGUCAGUGGUUGAGGCCAGCGAAGCGAACGACGACGGUGCUGAAGAUGCUCCACCUGCGUCGGAACCAGUCCCCGAAGAGGACGCACCGCCUGAAGAGGCUGCUGCGGAGGUGGAAGAAGCGCCUGCUGAAGCCGCCGAGCCAGUGGCAGAAGGCGGUGAUGUUGAAGACGCUGCGGCAGACGAAGCCCCGGAAGCAACGAAUGAAGAAGAGUCGGCAUCGUCGCCUGAUGUCGAGCUCGAGGAAGAACAGGUACAAGCACCACCCGAAGCCCCGGAGGAAGAACAGCCUGAACCUGAAUCACCAGCUGCUGUCGAAGAGCCCGAGCCGCCGACUGAACCCGUUCCUGAGGAACCGGAACCACCAGCUGAGGCGACACCAGAACCAACGCAGGAACCCGAGGAACCCGCUUCAGUAGCGGCGGAUGCACCCGCUGAUGAAAUCCCUGAAGACCAGGAUGUGGAGGAGUCGGUACCAGCCCCCGAAGUGGAGGUAGAAGAGGUCGUAGCCGAGGUGGCCAAUGAAGAGAGUCCCGAACCUGAGCAGGCCGAUGACGAUGCUCCGGCAGACCGGUCCCUCGACGUUGACGAAGUUUCAAGCGCACCUUCACCUCUACCCUCUGUAGCUGCUGUUGCUGCGGCUGGGAUUACUGGUGCCGCUGCUGCUGCAUUAAUCGGCCAUGCCGCUGAUGACCGCGCCGACAAGGAACGCGACUUUGCAAUUGAGGACGAACCGUCAGCCGAUACGCCCAGUCGUGAGAAGACCCGUCGCCGACAUUCGCACACCCGUCGUGAAAGCCAGCAUCGGCCAAGCCGCAGACGCGAGAGUGGCGCUAGUAUCAUGGAGCGACCAAUAAUGCCAGCCUCAGCCGUUCCCGAUGCGCCAAGAACAAGGCGUCGCGACAGCAUGACAGAGCGCGAAGCGGCCGAGCGCAGAAGGGCCAAAUUGCGCGAGGUUGAGAUAGCCAGUAGUGGUAGCGACAUACAGAAGGCGUACCCGGAUCCGUACCGCUCGCACUACCGAGAACCCAGGGGUGAGGAGAGAUACAGCAAGCGUCGCCCCGUCGAGGAGGUUGACGAAGAAGCCGAUAGACAGAAGCGACGCGAAGCCCGGCGGGCCGAGAGAGCUGAGAAGGAGCGACUUGCCGCCGCAGACGCAGCCCGCCUAAAGGCAGAAGAGGAGGCGAGAAAGUUGGAGCAUCGGGAACGACGCCGAGCAGUCAGGCGUGCCGAAGAAGAGCUCAUGAGGGCCAUGGAGGAACGCAAGAAGCUCAAAGAAGAGCAAAAGCUCGCCCAGGAAGAAGAGGAGCGACGUAUUCGACAUGAGAAGAGGAGACAACGACAUGAGGCUGAAAAGGAGGCGAAGCGCCUGGAACAGGAGAAGAUUGAGCAGGCGGCGCGCGAAGAAGAAGAGGCCCGGAAACUACGACGUCAGAGGAGGGCGGAGCGGGAAGCAGCCAAAGCAGCUGGCUUGCUAAAACCAAAGGAAGAGCUUAUUGAUGUUUCUCGGGAUGCUGCUCGCCGAGCAGCAGAGGAAGACGACGAUGGCGCUUCACCUCCACCCCCGCUACCACCAGUAGUCGACGACACCCCUCCUCGUAGUGCGCCGCGCAGGCGUUUAAGUACCAAAGAGACUCCACCGAACGUGAAGCGCGGUAGUCUCUUCGGAGGCAUCUUCGGUCGCUCGAAGCCUGACACGACCCCGCCGGCUGCAAGGCCGUCCAGAUCAUCUCGCGCUCGCGCCAACACGCUAGAGGCGACACCUGUCAAGUCAUCGCGAAGGGAACCCGAGGUUGAGCGACCUUCGAGCCGAGAUAUGUCAUCGGACCAGAGCCGAGAGCGUCCAGAGCGUAUGCACCGCAGUAGGCGUCUUUCACAUAGUCAACGUCGCUUCGCUUCUGCAGAGGAAGAGGCCGAUUACUACAGGUGGAAAGAGGAGCGACGCUUCAUGCGUCGUCCUGAACACGAAAUGUCUGGUGGACGGGACGGAGGAGUUUCUCUUCCACCACCGCCUCCGCCGCCCGAGGAUCUCCCGCCGCCACCACCAGAGCCCUUCGAAUACGAGCCAGAGCCGGAACCCAUCGAGACAAUCGAAUCACCGGUAAUCGAGGACGCAGCUGCGGUUGUCGGUGAGAUCUCCAUCUCAGACGAGGAAAGACGCGAGCGUCGCCGAAGCAGGCGUAUGUCCAAACCGGAAGAACGCCCCAAGACACGCCGCAUCUCUGUCGUCGAGAAAGAGAGGCCGUCUGAUCGUCGAGUGCAGUCGGAUCGUCCUCGCGCACGCGACCACGGUGAAGACCGACCCAGGCCCAGGCGCGGCGAGACCGACCGACGCGACAGGAGGAAGAAGAAGGAAGAGUCCAGUGGUCUCAAAGGGCUCUUCGGAGGGUUGAAGAGGCGCAUUACUUGA